UCAAGACGAACUUACGUCUGACCGUUAUUUAUUUAAAACAUUUAGCUAGCUUGCGUCUAAUCAGAAACAACCACAGUGCGCAUGCGUAACGCAAGACACCGGCGUGACUGCAGUGGGAGGUUGUUUUUGAUUACUCCUCUCCUGUGACGGCUAGGAGCUAGCUUGUUUGUUACGUAGUUAUUGUGUUAGCACACUAUUGGGAGAAAAUACGCGAUAAAGGGGGUCUUUGGUGCUCCAGCAUGCGCAACUAGUUAAGCCUUUAGGUCCACUUGAGUGAAGACGCAUCCAAGCGAACACAGAAGUGCGUGUGACUGUGCCUCUCGCUUCAGCGCCGUCUUCUUUUCCGAUGAACCCAUAGCAUCAGUGUCGUGCACAUCAGGGGUCCCUGGUCUGGCGUGAAAUUAGACGGUAUAAUGCCGUUCACGCAAAGAUCAAGGGUGACGAAUGUGAAGAGUGACAAGUGAAGGAACUCUAAUCCACCAUGGGAAACACACCAUCAAAGAGUGGCAGCGGAGAGGAACCGCUCAAAACAACUUUGUUUGAAAAGGAGCCAAGUGGGAUAACGUACAGAAUUCCUGCUCUCCUUUAUCUGAGACACAGUCACACCUUCCUCGCUUUUGCAGAGAAAAGAUCCUCACCGUGUGACCAUGAUGCCAAAAUUCUUGUUAUGAGAAGAGGAACAUUGAAAGAUGAUGGAUCUGUUCAGUGGUCCUCCAGUCAGGAGCUGUCAACAGCAUGUCUACCAAACCACCGCACCAUGAAUCCUUGCCCUGUGUAUGAAAAAAACAGCAAAACAUUGUUUUUGUUUUUCAUCUGCGUCUGGGGAACCACCACAGAGAUUAGGCAGCUCAUCACAGGUAAGAACAAAGCACGUCUUUGCUGUGUUAGCAGCACGGAUGAUGGGCAAACUUGGAGUCAAGUGAGAGACUUAACAGAGAGUGUGAUUGGUGAAACAAUCCAUAAGUGGGCCACAUUUGCUGUGGGUCCCGGCCACGGUGUUCAGAUGGAGAAUGGCAGAUUGAUCAUCCCAGCGUACGCCUAUUACGUCCCUUACAGAUGCUGUUCCUUCCCCAUCCCUUUAACAGUCUACCCACGUGCGCUGUCUAUUUAUAGUGAGGACUUUGGACAGACAUGGCAUAUAGGUAAGAUGCUUCGAAAAAAGUCAUGUGAAUGUGAAAUGGCGGAGAUCAUAGACCACGAGGGCAGGAGUCAUCUUUACUGCAAUGCUCGUAACACUGGAGGCCACAGAUGUGAGGCCCUGAGUGAAAACAGCGGCGUGUAUUUUGACAAGCCCCACAUGGCCCCGGAUCUCGCCGAACCACCUUUAGGCUGUCAAGGCAGCGUCAUUGGCUUUCCUGCUCCCGAAUUUGUCCCAAAUGAUGACGCUGAAAGCAAAGCUUGUGGCACGUCGCUCUUGUCUCCAGACACACAAACCUGGCUCCUCUUCAUGCAUCCAACCAAUAAGUCUAGUAGAAGGGACAUGGGCGUGUAUCUGAACCGGUCCCCCCUGCACUCGUCAGGCUGGGACAGGCCCAGGAUCAUCCACAGCGGACCCAGUGGCUACUCAGACCUGGCCUACAACGGAGACAAGGAUCAGUUUUCGUGCCUGAUAGAGUGCGGGAAAGAGAGUGAACUGGAGCAGAUUGCCUUCAUGUCGUUUACCCUCAAUGAUGUCAUGCAGACGGGCGGUAAGAAAGAAAAGAAGAUGCGCUGAAUUGUCGUUGUUUUAUUUGUGUAUCAACAAAGCUCUCUGACAUUCUGUUGCAACCUAAAAAUCAAAGCAAAAGCCACUAAAUAUGCUGUGCAGUAACAUCUGUCUGUGUUGACUGUUGUUCUACAUUCUGGAGAUGAUAAUGCAUGAGUCGUGUGUUUUGUUGUCUCCUUGUUUACAUGAAAAUGUAAUUCAAGUCCUAAUAGUAUUAAUAUGCAACCAGCUGUACAAGGAGGGAAACCAUUUUUAAACAGUAGGGUGGUUGAUUUUAAGCAUGCUGUGCUGGACCGUCAUUUUAAAAUCAGGCUUUGUGUGUAGCACGUUUGAGGAACACUUCAUACCCAUUUCUGCAUCUUAUUAAACUGUCAGUAGUUCUGAGCAGUGGAGAGAAUUUGCCUACCUCUUUUUAUUUUCAUACGAAGAUCAUAGCAGGCCUUGUAAAGUAGGGAGUAGAGUUUCCUCCAUGCUCAGUCUCUCCUUUACAGUUAGUAUACUCUAAUUCACAUAUGCCUUCGACUCCACUGUUUAAACUUAAAGCCGUGCCACAGCCUGUCAGUGCACAGCCUUUUCUGUACGUCACAGUGAGUGCCAAAAAGUCGACAACAUAAAAGUUUAAACAUUUACCUUUUUACAUGCUACAUCCAGCUAAUCAAUGAGUAGACCAGCUAAACUGCAUCAGGUCUGAGCUUUUAAAAUAGUUGAUGGAUUAAUAGAGAGAGAGAGAUAAUGGUUUCAGCAAGCUACUUCUGUCUUUUUUCCCAUACGUUUAGCAGGAUUUUCUGAACAGGCAUUUUUAAUCAAGUGCAGUGUUAUAACCAGUUCUUAUUGGCUGGCUGUCGGUCAUCACGUGAAAGCAUGUUACAGCAGAUGAGGAUUCACUAUUUAUAAAGCCACUAGGAAUUUGCACACACAAAACCUUGUAGUGAGCAACUUGAACAUCCCUCUUUGCUUAAUGUUGUGAGGCAAAAUGCCUGGAGGCGAUUCUACACUAGUUUCAUUGUGUUUUUGUUGACUGUUGUGGAAAGUGACAAAACCUGCAUGAAACACGUAUUUUAGUAGAAAAUAAAAGUAACCUGUGAUCACCUGA